CUCCAAACCCUCCCUAAAAAACCUUUCUUUGCAAUUCUUUAUUCUCUUCUUCGCCAAUCGCUCGUCGAAACACGACCGUCGAAGACUCGAAGCCCCUCCUCCGGUCGCCGAUUUCCCUCUCGAGCUCCCCUCCCUCUCUACUGAUUUGCUUCCAGAAAUGGGUUCUGAUGCAGAUAUGGAGGAUUAUGGUUUUGAGUACUCAGAUGAGGAGCCUGAGGAACAGGACGUUGACAUUGAGAAUCAAUAUUACAACUCAAAAGGUUUAGUUGAGACUGACCCAGAAGGAGCACUUGCUGGUUUUGCUGAAGUAGUUCGGAUGGAACCUGAGAAGGCUGAAUGGGGAUUUAAAGCUUUAAAGCAGACUGUCAAACUCUACUACAAGUUAGGGAAGUAUAAAGAAAUGAUGGAUGCUUACAGGGUGAUGUUAACAUAUAUCAAAUCAGCUGUGACCCGCAAUUACAGUGAAAAAUGCAUAAACAAUAUUAUGGAUUUUGUAUCUGGAUCAGCUAGUCAGAACUUUGGUCUCUUGCAAGAGUUCUAUCAGACAACUCUAAAGGCUCUUGAAGAGGCGAAGAAUGAGAGGCUCUGGUUUAAAACGAAUUUGAAGCUCUGUAAAAUUUGGUUUGAUAUGGGAGAAUAUGGGCGAAUGAGUAAGAUCUUGAAGGAACUCCAUAGAUCUUGUCAGAAAGAAGAUGGUACAGAUGAUCAAAAGAAAGGAACACAACUUUUGGAGGUAUAUGCAAUCGAGAUCCAAAUGUAUACCGAGACUAAAAACAACAAGAAGCUUAAGCAACUAUACCAAAAGGCACUAUCAAUCAAGUCAGCAAUACCCCAUCCCAGAAUCAUGGGAAUUAUUCGCGAAUGUGGUGGAAAAAUGCAUAUGGCAGAGCGUCAGUGGGCUGAGGCAGCCACAGAUUUCUUUGAAGCUUUUAAGAACUAUGAUGAAGCUGGGAACCAGAGGCGUAUCCAGUGCCUAAAAUAUCUUGUUCUGGCCAAUAUGCUGAUGGAAUCCGAAGUUAACCCUUUUGACGGUCAAGAGGCGAAGCCAUAUAAAAAUGACCCAGAGGUUUUGGCAAUGACAAACCUGAUAGCUGCAUAUCAACGGAAUGAGAUUUUGGAAUUUGAGAAAAUCCUCAAGACAAAUAGAAGGACGAUAAUGGAUGAUCCAUUUAUUCGAAACUACAUUGAAGAUCUUUUGAAAAAUGUCAGGACGCAGGUGUUGCUUAAGCUCAUCAAGCCUUACACCAGAAUUCGUAUCCCCUUCAUAUCAAAGGAGCUUAACGUUCCAGAAAAAGAUGUCGAGGAGUUGUUGGUUUCACUAAUCUUGGAUAACCGUAUCCAUGGACAUAUUGAUCAAGUCAACCGGCUGUUGGAGCGUGGUGACAGCUCGAAGGGAAUGAAAAAGUAUACUGCCAUAGAUAAAUGGAAUACACAGCUCAGGUCCCUCUAUCAAACCAUUGGCAACCGAAUAUGCUAAGAUCGAUUGUCCUGUAGAAAUUGCGGCUCGAUUUCCUUUGCAGCUGACGGCUCUCAUAUUUGGUUUCAUUUCAUGGCUGUAUCCAAUCAAACUUCUUUUUGUGCCAAUUAUUGUCUGUGCUUGCUCAUAUAAGCUGUUGAUACAAACGUUGACUGGCGGUGAUUUCUCGGUAUUUUUUCUGUUAAAAAGUUAGUAUGUUCUAGUUAAGUGGAAAUUCUGCUAUAUCCCGGUUAGGGUUUCUGUAAUUAUUUUGACCUGAACCUGAGAAUAGUUUUGAUCCGUCACCAUUGUGUGCAGUGAAACCGACCCAUAUGGGUUCCUAAAUGUAUUUCAAACCUAGCA